UUCUGCCCGUCCCCUGUCCCUGCCCGCACCCCGAUGCCGGCCCCGCGCCGCUGCCCGCCCUGGGCGAUGCAAUUCUUCUCGUACGAGACGCCCAAGUCGGUGGUGGUGAGGAGCUGGGUGGUGGGCGCCACGCACCGCGCCGUGCAGCUCCUCAUCCUCGCCUACUUCAUCGGCUGGGUGUUCCUCCAUGAGAAAGCCUACCAGGUGCGGGACACCGUCAUCGAGUCCUCGGUGGUCACCAAGGUGAAGGGCAUCGGGAGCUAUGCGGGGCGCGUGCUGGACACGGCCGACUACGUCACCCCCCCCCAGGGCACCUCCGUGUUCGUGGUGGUCACCAAGCAGAUCCUGACGGAGCAGCAGGCGCAGGGGCUCUGCCCCGAGAGCGAAGCCGCGUUCCGGUGCCGCAGCGACCGCGACUGCCGCGACAGGAGCCCCACCAGCGGCAGCGGGCUGCUCACCGGCCGGUGCGUGCCCUACAACGAGACCCUGCGCACCUGCGAGAUCCGGGGCUGGUGCCCGCCCGAGGUGGACACGGUGGACGUCCCCAUCAUGCUGGAGGCCGAGAACUUCACCCUCUUCAUCAAGAACAGCAUCCGCUUCCCACUCUUCGGCUUCGAGAAGGCCAACCUCCCCCCGCCCGGCGCCGGGGGGGACCUGGGGCGCUGCCGCUUCCACCCGCAGCUCCAACCGCUCUGCCCCAUCCUGCGCCUCGGGGACGUGGUGCGGCUCGCGGGGCAGGACUUCCGCACGCUGGCCUCCACCGGGGGGGUGCUGGCCAUCAAGAUCGGGUGGGUUUGCGACCUGGACCGCGGUGGAGAGCGCUGCCUGCCCCACUACUCCUUCACCCGCCUGGACGGGCUGUCCCACGCCACCGGCUACAACUUCAGGCAUGCCCGGUACCACCACUGCCAGGACGGCCCCGAGCGCCGCACCCUCACCAAAGCCUUCGGCAUCCGCUUUGACGUGCUGGUGUACGGCCAUGCCGGGAAGUUCGGCAUCAUCCCCACCCUCAUCAACACGGUGGCAGCGUUCACCUCCAUCGGUGUGGGCACGGUGCUGUGCGACAUCAUCCUGCUCAACUUCCUGAAGGGAGCUGAGCACUACAAGGCCCGCAAGUUCGAGGAGGUCAGUGGGGCUGGGGCUGCCAUGGGGCUGGGUCAGGCCACACAGGGGGAUGUGUGGGGCUGGAUGGGAGGUACACGCUCAGGCAGUGCCUCUGACCCCUGCGGUGCCCUGGCCAUGGGGCAGGGACUAACCCAGGCCCACGCGCUGCCCCCCAGGUGCCAGAGGCAGACAUGGCGCAGUCCCCGGGCAGCCCCACGGCGCCGGCCCCCGGGGGGCUGGGCCUCUGCCCCCGGGACAAGCAAUCCACGGACUCUGGCACCUUCUCCCUCGGCCACUAGCACCAGGCACAGGGAUGUGGGGAGGACCCUGGGCUCCAGGGGUGUCCCAUAGGGGCCACCCAAGGUUUGCACUGGGGCCACGGUGCCCAGGACUCAUUGGGACCCCCAAGAAGCUCCAACUGCCCCAUCUGACCCCGGUGCCCACCCUGGGUGCCCCAGCCGUGUCCCUGUGUUCCAGUGCCCAUCACUGCGUGUCCCAGCCCUGCCCAUGUCCCCAGGGUGCCCCAAGCCCUGAGGUGCCACUUUCCCAUGGGCCCCCACCACUUCCCCAGGUCCCUGAGGCUCCCACAUCUCCACCCAGGGUGGCCGGGAGGGCUGGGGCUGCUUCCUGGGUCAGUGGGUGCUGCUGGGUGCCAGGGCUGAGCCCCCUGGAAGAGUGCUGAGCCCUCCAGUGACCCCAGCACCCCCCUGCUCCCCCAGCCCCACACCGGGGGCUGCACCCCCCACCCCAAUAAACCUUUGGCUCACUGCA